GCUCAAAACGCAACUAAACGUUGUAAUGGCUGGCGUCGUGAAGUGCAGUGAAGUUGGUAGUGACAAGCUGUCCGGAUUUAUCCGCAUUUUUGCCCUAAUUUGGGACUUGUAGUGGUUAGAUAGUGAUUACUUAGUGUCAUUUAUGAGUGAAGAAAGGUAAGUUCAAUUAAGACAUGGCUGCCAUUAAUGAUUGUAUGGAAAGCUUCGAUUUGACGGAUGGAUGCAACACGAAAAACAAUCUCGAUUCUAGUGAUGUACCAGUGCUACCUAGCGGCGAACAUAUGAACAAUUCUUCAAUUUUAAAAUCCAGCGGGAACGAGAAUGUGGACACCGAACCGUGUGAAAGGAGAAAGAAAACGAGAAGAGGAAAGCCUAAACGGAAAAAUCCCUACAAUAAAGAGGGAAAUGAAACAAGAAAGGCAGGUAACAGAUCUAAAAACCGCCCUCGAUUCGCCCAUCGACAUGCAGAUGCCCCUUAUAACACAAAUGAAUUCCUAAUGGAAGAUCAUAAUACUUUUGUAAAAGUGAACUCUCCUCCAGCAGUUUCAACUUCUGUUGGGAAUUCUAGGCCUCCUAGAGUUAGAGACCCCAGCUUUACUAGUGUUGAUUCAGAUGAGGACCAUUUCUACUCCUCCCCUGAAGAUGAAGAAGAAUUUUUAACAAAGGAAUUUUCUAAUACUUACCAAGAUCUUCACGUGGAAACUCUGCAAGGCAUGACGAAGUCCGAACUGAUUCAACAAGUUUUACAGCUUGAAGAAAAAGUUGAUGGCCUAGAAAAAAGAUUAGGAAAUCGGCCAAAAAGUGAAAAGGAUCAGUAUGAUAAAUUGAAAAACUCAGUUGAUACUUCUAGUGAAGAUUGUGAUAAAACAUCAGACAAAAUUAAACAGUUUCAAAUAGAAAUUGGAAGGUUACGGUUAGAAAACGAAAAAUUACAAUUAGAAAAUGAAAUUUUACGGAGACGCAACCGCUCAUCAUCUGUUAGUUCUGUUGAUUCUGAAAGAGAUAGUACCUCAUCUUCAUCUCCUAGUAGUGUUAGUGAACUGUCUGAUAAGGAAGAACUUAUUGAGGCUGAUGUCAAUGAAGAUAUGGAUGAUUCGAGAGGAAAGUGUAGUGUGCCUGAUGAAUUCAUCGACACUGAUGUUGCCAUGAAAGAAAAAGAAGUGUAAAGUGACAAAAAACUGUUCAUCUAGUGUUAAUACCGAAAUACUGCUGUUGAGUUUUUCAUGUGUCUUUUUAAAACUAAAAUGGGCUAGGUUUUGUUAAAUUGUACUCUACAGUGUUAGGCUACUACUUGAAACCAAUAACUGAAUUGAAAAAUAGAAAUGCUUCAAUAUAUAGGUUAGACAUUUUCUGGAAAUUUCUGCAUUAAACUCUACUGAUAGAUGUGUGAUUUGAAACUGCAACAAGUGCACUUGGUCCAUUUCAUACAUGAAAGGUGUCCAUGGUUUCAGAAGAUUGUGGCAGCAGUUCAGUUGUACAGAGACGCAGCAUAUACAGUCAUACAUCGUUUUGUCUAUAUGUUGGAUGGAAAAAUAUGUCUGUGUCUUUUCUAUCCUACUAUCAGUAAAAAAUGUUGUAAGAGAAUCUCAUUUUAUUGUUAGCAGGCCAACAAGAACAAUGUUUAAGUUUUGACAUUUGUUUAAAGUAGUAGUUAUUAAAAACCGUGUUUACGCAGUAUGUAUUUCAAAACCCACCAUUAUACGUUAGUUAUAAAGGAUAACCACCAAUAAUUUUAUUAUUGUUAAAUUGUAUGUAGUUUGUUUUUAAGUUGGUAAAAGUACUAUUUAAACCAUAAUCGGAUAUUAAAUUUAAAUAACUUUAUUAGUCAUGGAAAUGUUACAAUUUAAAUAGUGUCAUGAAUAUUGUUUUACCAUUGACGAAUACUUGUAUCGUUUCAUAAAAAAUAAUUAAUCAAAAUUUUUGAAGAACUAGGCUCUCUUUUUUUAUACAAUUAUUUCUGUUGUGUUUUAUAAGAUGUGUUUGUAGAUAGUGUAAUUUUAUCUAAAUUUGAGUCUGUGAUUUUGUGUACAACAAAAAAUUAGUGUAAAAUGUAAAUUUUGUAAAUCUUUUCAGAUAUUUCUUUCCCUUUUAACUAACUUAAUGAUACAGUUUGUUAUAUACACUGGUGUAUAUUAUAGAAUCAUUGGUCUAUUUUAGUUUUCAGUUUAUAACCUUUUAUUGAUUGACCAAUGUAAUCUAGGAGAUUUUUAUUGCAGAACACCAAUUUUCACUAAACAUUGUCAUGAAGAGCACAAUUGUAAUUAGAAAUGUAAAAAGAAAUGUUUUAACAUACAUAAAAGCUUUAUUGGUGUGAAACUAUACAAUUGUAUAAAUGUAUGUUUUACAAUGUUGAAAUAUUUAUUUUUGUUCUUGAGGUUCUAUGCUACUUACUGAAUAACACAAAAGGUUAUGUGUGUUCUUUUACACUUCUUAUGAUUCCAAAAUGUACAUAGAGGCUAAACACUUGUUGUUUGUAGAUUUGUAGAGUAUUGUAAUUAAUUGUAAAUCUUAAAUGUUUCCAGAUUUAUAAACAUAUAUGUAAAGAUAAACAGAUUUUAAGAUUACACUAAGUUAGGCAUGUAAGCUAAUAGUUUUAAUGAUAAAGAAUUGGAAAAUUUUAACAUGCACAUCUGUUUUACAAGUAUUAUUAUUACUUUAUGUCUCUGUUUAGGUUCAGGACCCUUGUUUUUUAGCAGAUAAGUUCCUCUCCACAUAAUGUUCAUUAGUUUCGCUUAGCAGUUUGUUCAUUACGACACAGUUUAUAGACUCAGCUUUGUAAAUAUUGAUAUUAUAAUGUGCUAUUUUUGUAUGGCUAUUAAACAGCAGCAUGAAGAUGCAGUAUAAAAUUAGAAUUAGUUAACAAGUUUUUUUUAUUGAAACUUUACUUUCUAAGUACUGGGUAUUUUUGCAUGACUUUCUCUGAGCAAAUGGUGAGAAGAGAUUAAAGAAAGUUAAAAAUAUGAACUCUAUGGAUAUUUUGUUUUUAAUUUUGGACUGAAUAUAGUGCAUAAAUACUUGUUAUGUAUUAGUGCUGUUAAAGUAUGCUCCCAACAGAUACGCACACAUUUUGCCCAAAAAAGAAGCAUCUUUUUAUUAUUAUUGCAAGAAAUAACCCAUAAACUGAACCAGGAAAGCCAAAAACAUAAGAAAUACAAAAACUAAAAAAAUAUUUUUACUUAAAUUUAAAGGUAAUGCUUUGACUAGUAAAGUAUUUUUCCUGUAUAGCCUUGUUAAUUCUCUGUGUUUUUAUGUAGGUAAUUAUGCAAAUGUAAUUUUCCUAUAAUUUAUAUAAAGUAAUUGAAUGUAAAAAAUGAAAUGAAAUUAAAGAAUGAAAGGGUUUUUAACAUAUGAUUUAUACUUUAAUUAGUCAUUAGCGUGCAUAAAAUACAAAUUGUAAAAUUUAAAACAAUGAAUGAAAGAUGGUUAAAUUUUCUUAGCAAAUUUUAACUUUCAACUUAGUAAUAUUGAAAAGUAUGAUAAAGCUUGCUUUCUUGAAAUGAAAGUUUAUUCAAGAGUUGAAAAUAAUCGGUGUUACAGAUUUGUAUUCAGUCAGUCAAAAAUACAUCUAUAAAAGCUUUCUUCAGUAUGUUAUAAAUAUCACUUUCUCACAAUGUGUGGCAGUAUUAAACACCUUUUCCAAUUGGCCAGUAUAAGGUUUCUUCCUGAUUUAGCUUACACAAUUCAGUAUUUUGUUUGUAGGUGUGUACUUGCAAGCAUUUGUUUAACAUAGUUUCAGUUACAUUAUUUAUUGCCCAGUUGUCAUAUAUGACAAUAAGUGUACAAGUAUCAUUUAGGCUAUAUUUUUCAUUAAUAGUUUGUGUAAGAAUUAUCGUUAUCAUUAUAUAAUAUAUCAUGUUUCAGGAUUUCAGUCACCAGUAUUAAAAUGGUUAAAGCUGUUUAUUAUUUUUCUGUACACUGUUGGCUUGAUUACUUAUCCGUUAAAAAUGAUUUAAUUGAUUAUUUUCCA